AAGUUGUUUUGCGAUAAGUUGCUCAAACACCUUUGACAAGGCCGGCAGCAAACUAACGGGCCUAUAAUUCCACUUUUCCAUUGACGAGCCUUUAUAUAUGGUCAGCCAUUUUUAGCUCAUCAGUCUUUCGACCCCUGAGCUAUCAACAACCGAUUAUGUACCGGUAACCGGCAAUAUCUCUUAAAACAUAAACAACUAAAAUGGCAGCCAAGCUGUUGCGAUUGAGUAACGUUCAACAAUAGAAUGUUUGACUUUAAUUUAUCCACCUCAAGUGAGUUUGUUGAUGAGAAGUUAUUUUACGAAUCUGUGCGACAAUACGUAAUUUCACUCCUAACAUUCAUAAUUCUUUACUUCUCAUCGUAUGUUAUCAUCAGUCGUUACAAAAAGAAAUCUUUGGAAGAAUCUGAUUAUGAAGAUGAUCUUGUAUACAGGGUAGCCAUAUGGCUGUGUUGUUUUACAAUGACAGUUUCCAUUGGUGCAGUUUUGUUACUACCCUUCUCCAUAUUCAGUAACGAGAUACUGAUCUCAUAUCCAGACAGUUAUUAUGUCAAGUGGUUGAAUGACUCCCUCAUACACGGUUUAUGGAAUCAAAUAUUUCUUGGAACUUAUAUGGCAAUGUUUGUGGCAAUGCCAUUUGCAUACUUCUUCACUGAAUCUGAAGGAUUCUCUGGCUCAACAAAAGGUAUAAAGGCUAGAAUUUAUGAGACGUUUGUUGUUUUACUGCUGCUACUUGUUUUGGUAUCAACUCUUGUUUGGGUAUUUUCUGCUUUCGUUGCAAACAAAGAACUAAGCUGGAUAGCAAAUGUUUCAGAGAGUUGGAUGCCACCAUUACCUUUCAUAUAUUCCUGUAUAUCGUUGUUUGGUGCACUUUUAUUGCUGAUUUCCACGCCUCUUGGUUUUACCAGACUAUUUGACCUUCUUGGAAAUUAUGUUGUAAGACCAAAGUUUUUUGUGGAUAUCGAUGAUCAGAUCGAAACCUUAAGAUUAGAAGAGGACAAUCUUCGCAGGAAAUUGAGAGAGCAGAACCAUAAUAAUGGAGUAAUGUAUUAUGAAAAGCCUUACACUCAAGUAACUGUAGAAGAGAAAAUAGAAAAUAUUAAAAAAGAUAAGAUAAAAUUAGAGCGAGAAAGAGAUGCUUCAGGCUUUGAAAAGAAUUUAUUAUAUCCACUUUGCUUAAUCGGACUUUUAGCAGUUACUGCUAUCUGUCUGCUGAUGGUCGCAAUGAAUUGUUUUAAACUGCUGUUUGGUUCUGACGCGCUACCCAUCAUGCAUAAGUAUCCGUCUUUGGGUAAAAUGUCAAUAUCAAAACUUGGAUGGUUUGGAAUUUUUAUACAGAUUUUUUUAAUUUUUUAUAUAAUGAGUGCAUCCAUAGUUGGUUUUUACAGUUCCCCAUUGUUUAUUCAUUUAAAACCGAAAAAGCAUAAUACCAGUAUGACGAAGUUGAUUGCAAAUUGUGUUAUACUCCUGAUUCUCAGUUCAGCACUUCCUGUACUCGCUCGAACAUUAGGUGUCACGAGCUUUAAUUUGAUGGGCGAGUUUGGACGUUUAGAUUGGCUUGGAAAUUUCGAGUUAGUUUUAUUCUACAACUUGCUUUUCGAAGCUUCCACGUCGUUUUGCUUGGUAAACAAAUUCACAAAAUCUGUCCGAAAUGCACUGUAUGCGAACUUUAAAGAGUCCAGGGUUUUUCAAAGAUGGAAGAUUAAAAGCGAGUGAGCUGCCGAACUAACAGGACAGUUAUCCAACCGUCACAAGAAACGGUCAUGUUUUUGUUUUUUGUUUUA